AUGGAGCUACAGAAUCUAACAGGUUUCUCACAAUUUCUCCUCCUGGGUCUUUCUGAGGAUCCAGAACGGCAACCCCUCCUCUUUGGGCUGUUCCUGUCCAUGUACCUGAUCACUGUGACUGGAAACCUGCUCAUCAUCCUGGCUGUCAGCUCUGACCUCCAUCUCCACACCCCCAUGUACUUCUUCCUCGCUAACUUGUCCUUAAUGGACAUCGGUUUCAUCUCUACCACUGUCCCAAAGAUGCUAAUGAACAUCCAAACACAAAUGAAAUCCAUUACCUAUGCAGGCUGUCUGACACAAGUGUCAUUUUUUGAUCUUUUUGCAUGUCUGGAUAGUGUAUUCCUCACUGUGAUGGCUUAUGAUAGAUUUGUGGCCAUCUGUCACCCCCUUCACUACACAGCCAUCAUGAAUCCUCGGCUCUGUGGCUUACUAGUUUUGGCAUCGUUUUUCAUUAGCCUUUUGAAUUCCCAGCUGCACGUUUUAAUGGUGUCACAACUUACCUUCUGCACAGAUGUGGAAGUCCCGAGUUUCUUCUGUGAUCCUCCACAACUUCUCAACCUUGCCUGCUCUGACACUUCCACCAGCACCAUCUUAGUCUAUUGUGUAGGUGCCAUCUUUGGGGGUCUCCCAGCCUCGGGGAUUCUUUUCUCUUACACUCGAAUUAUUUCCUCCAUUUUGAGAGUCUCAUCUUCAGGUGGAAGGUAUAAAGCCUUUUCCACCUGUGGCUCUCACUUGUCAGUUGUUUGCUUAUUUUAUGGAACUGGUAUUGGCGUGUACCUCAGUUCAGUUGUCUCAUCUUCUGCCAGGAAGGGUGCUGCGGCCUCAGUGAUGUACACGGUGGUCACCCCCAUGCUGAACCCCUUCAUCUACAGCCUACGGAACAGGGACAUCAAGAGAGCCCUCUGGAGGCUCUUCAGCAGAACAACUUAA